AUGCGCUCCACGCUGCUCACCACGGCCCUCGUCGGCCUGGCCGCAGCACAUGGCGACCACGCAGCGCGCGGCUCCCCCAAGGUCGACGAGAACGCGAACUGGAUGACGAAACACAUGGCAGAGGAGCACCACAUGGAGGGCUGGGACGCAGGCGCCUUCUUCGCGCUGCACGACUACAACUCGGACGGCAAAUGGCAAGGCGACGAGCUGCUCCGGACGUACGGCCUCAUGGACGAGUCGAACAAGGACGUGCCCAAUGCGCGGCGCAAGGAGAUUAUGGAGGCCCUCAUGGGCCUCAUGGACACGAACAAUGACGGGGAGAUCUCGGGCGCCGAGUGGCUGGCCUUUGUGGCGAGUGGGCAGACGCUGCCGGACAUGGGCACGGGACCAGGCCACCACGGCGACGACGAGUACGAGUACGAGAUUCACCACUGGGAAAAAUACCACGGCGAGGACACCAAGCUCGAGGACCUGACGCAUCCCGAGGAUAUUGAGCAUUUCAAGAAGCACGAGCAGAUGGAGGAGGCCGAGGAAAAGCUCGAGGCCAUGGAGCGGCUCCCCGUGGUGGAGGCCAACAUACCGCUCAAGUUCAGGAAACAGCAGCGGUAG